AUGGCUUCCUUUUCUUCUUCCCCAAAGUAUCUCGAUUUAAAUGUUGCUCCCAAAACAACCCGUGAUGUCAAAGUCUGGCAUCCAUCCUUUGUAUCCCAAAAUCGUCAUCGCACGAUUGAUGAUUCUAUGAUGAUGAACGAUACAACUGUUGUCAUAGUAGCUAGGAAUUUCCUUACUCAUAUGGAUGAAAUACUGUUAACAAGAAGGUCUAACGAAGAGGCUAUUGAUGACUCAAUAUGGCUUUUAGCAUUUAGAGUGUUGCUUCUGUUUCUAGGAUGGCUGAUCGCCUUGUUGAAACUGGUGAGUUCAUACUCCAUUGAUAAGCAGACAAGGGUUGACAAGCUGCAAAUUUCCAAUGAAAAGAUUCUAGGAGAUCACGAGAGGCUCAAGGCUAAGCUUAAGAGACGCCAUCCUCUUCCUUUAGAGGCUUCUAGAACAUAA